CAGGAACAGAGUUUUAAUAACUUUCAAUUCUUUCAAUAAUGUUAUCCGGAAAAUUGUUUAUGAAGCGACUUCCCAAGCAGUUACUUGGUGCUCGUAACGCGGCUACCAUUGGUGCCAAUACCACUACCUCUUUACAAAAGGAAACUCCCAUGGCCGAUGCCAUGAUUGCUCGUCCUCGUCUCGUCGAUUUGGAACAACGAUGGGAUCUAAUGCCUCAAGAGGAAAAGGAUAGUUUAAUUACUGAUCUGUAUGCUCGUCAAAAGCUUCCUUGGGCGGACUUGUCGGUUGAAGAAAAGCGUGCUGCUUACUGGAUUGCUUUCGGUGAACAUGGACCCCGUGCUUACAGCCACAUUAAUCAAAAGAAAGUCUUUUGGGGUACCGCUGCUGGCGUUGUUGCUGCCGUUGCCUUGUUUGCUUUGAUUCGUACUCAAGCCGCUCCUGCCCCUCAUACCAUGACUCGUGAAUGGCAAGAAAAAUCCAACGAAUAUUUGAAGGAGAACAAGAUUAACCCCAUCAGUGGUGAAGCUAGUGAGGGCUUUACCGGACGUGGUCAAAUCAGCGGUGGUAUUUUCUCUCCUUCUGGCAAGCAAGCUUAAUUUGUCUCUCACUUUUGAUUAUCUCUUUCUUUUCUGUACUCUCGUAACCGAAGAUUUCUUCUUGGUUUUAGGUGUUGCUUUGUUACACUCAUGUUCUUUUUUAUUUUUUACUCGUAAUUGGAGCUUAGUAUCAAUUUUCUUUUCGAUUGUUUCUUUACGAAUACAGAAUGAAGACAAUUGUCUUGGAAUACAACCUUUUCUUUGUUUUAUUUUCUUCCUUAAUUUCAAAAAUCUGAUCCCCCUUACUUGACAUCUACCACAUUUUUUCCUCAUUACUCCAUCCGAUUUGUAGAGCCAUUAUGAAGUAAGUGAAUAAGGAAGAACAAAUUCAUGAAUUUAAAUAUCCAGGUCCGUGUAUGGUGACCAGCCAAAUAUAAAUAUGCUAUUUGAUGCAACGAAUAGUAGUACAUUGAAAUAGUCAUUUUUUACAUAUCAUCAUUCGUUGUCAUCAUUUGUAAAACUAAUCUGCUGUAAAGAUGAAUGCUGGCAUUUGUAACCCUUUUCUAAAUACGAAUUUAAC